CCAACCUGUGGAUCCACACAAUUAGCUGACGUGUGGAAAAAAACUGGUUUUCAAAGACAAACUGAAAAGGCAGAAUUUGAAAACUGAACUCGAAGUAAGUCACUGUUUCUGAAGUCCAGUCAUGUUGAAACUGAAAAGCAGAGCAGGAAAGUGGGAUGAAAUGUAAAUCAAUAGUGGUCUGUUUCAUGAGCUAUCAGUUUUAGAUUUCAUUCAAGUGGUGUAGUAGGUGUUUAACAAGUUAAAGCAAUGGUGAUUAUAUUUAAAGAGUGUGAGAAUAAACCCUUCUUUUUCUUAAUUUUUUAAGAUCUAUUUCUUUUUUAGCUUUCAGCAUAAAAAUCUUUUAAAUAUGGCAAAGGACAGCAGCAGUGACCCAGAUGCAUAUCCAAUCCCAAGCAACUAUGAGCUACUUGACUUUGUGGGAAGUGGGGACUAUGGAACAGUGGCAAAGUGCAGAAAGCGAGACACUGGAGAGACAGUCAUCAUAAAAGUCUCAAGAUUUGUCCAGACAGCCGCACGGGAGGUGUCCAUAUUAGAAGAACUGAUGAGACAUAACCUGGACCAGUCCAACAUUGUAAAGCUCUAUGACUGGUACCACAUGAACAACACCAUUGGACUAGUGUUGGAAAUGCUCGAUAUGACUCUGUCAGACUACAUGAAGGAGAAUCGCCUACCUUUAAAUGACAUCAGGUUCAUCAUCCAGCAGGUACACAUGCAGUGUCAGAAAGCAACACAGAGAGAUCUGUUUUAAAAUUAUGUGAAACUGCAGCCAUAUUUCUGACCUUGUACCUGCAGCUGGCCACAGCAUUUGAUGGAUUAAAGAUUGUUGGACUGAUCCAUGGAGACUUAAAACCUGAUAACAUCAUGCUGGUGAAAGAUCAGGAGCAGUCCUACACAUUGAAGCUUAUUGACUUUGGUUUGGCCUUCCAUAGAUCUGAAGCAGUGGUGGGCUCUACUCACCAACUACCUUAUUACAGGUGAGGUUUACAAAGAAACUGUUUUCAGUUCUACUACAGUAUGUUCCAGUUUUGCU